CGGCCGGGCUGGUUGGGCUGCGCUAGGGUUCCCGCGCCUGCUCCCGCGCCCACCAUGGGCAACUCACACCACAAGAGGAAGGCCCCCAGCGGCCCCCGGGCCCGCAGCUUCUGGCGGUUCGGGCGGUCGGCGAAGCGGCCGGCAGGUUCUGCCAAGGCUGAGAGUGACAAACGUCUAAGUGUAGGGCCUGGCCAGGGGCCAGUGUCUGUAGUGGAUGAGCACCAGGAUAAUGUCUUCUUCCCCAGUGGGCGACCACCUCACCUGGAAGAGCUGCACACGCAGGCCCAGGAGGGGCUCCGUUCCCUACAGCACCAAGAAAAACAGAAAUUGAACAAGGGUGCUUGGGACCAUGGAGACACCCAGAGCAUCCAGUCCUCCCGGACCGGGCCUGAUGAAGAUAGCAUCUCCUUCUGCAGCCAGACCACGUCCUUCACGGCCGAGAGCUCCACGGCAGAGGACGCUCUCUCUAUCCGCUCUGAGAUGAUCCAGCGCAAAGGCUCCACCUUCCGACCCCAUGACUCAUUUCCCAAAUCAUCUGGAAAGUCAGGGCGGCGGCGGCGGGAGCGGCGGAGCACCGUGCUGGGACUGCCACAGCAUGUGCAGAAGGAACUCGGCCUGCGGAACGAACGUGAGGCUCCAGGUACUCCUCGGCCUUCUGGUCCACGGGAGGCCGUACGCAUCCCCACAGUGGAUGGCCGCCCGGCGGGAGUAGCCGCAGGGCCAGGGGCCAGGGUGUCCCUGCGGGCACUGGAGGCAGAGGCAGAAGCUGGUGCUGAGGCAGAGGCCAUGCUACAGCGCCACAUCGACCGUGUCUACCGGGAUGACAGCCUUGUGGGCCGGUCCACGGGGGCCCGUCCCUUGCCACUGACCCGGCCCAUGUCCCUAGCAGUGCCCGGACUGACAGGAGGGGCAGGGCCGCCGGAACCCCUGAGCCCGGCCAUGUCCAUCUCGCCCCAGGCCACCUACUUGUCGAAGCUGAUCCCACAUGCUGUGCUGCCACCUACAGUGGACGUGGUGGCCCUGGGCCGCUGCAGCCUGCGCACACUGAGUCGCUGCAGCCUGCUCUCAGCCAGCCCAGCCUCUGUCCGCUCACUGGGCCGAUUCUUCUCAGCCUCCAGCCCGAGGCCCCGCAGCCGCCACCCUUCCUCCUCCAGUGACAACUGGAGCCACUCCCAGUCCUCUGAGACCAUCGUAUCUGACGGCUCCACCCUCUCCUCUAAGGGUGGCUCUGAGGGCCGGCCGGAGGGCUCUGUGGCCAGCAAUAGCGUGGUGCCCCCUCCCCAGGGGGGCAGUGGGAGGGGCUCUCCCAGUGGGGGCAGCACUGCUGAGGCCUCGGACACCAUCAGCAUUCGGAGUGGUGGGCAGCUGUCUGGCCGCAGUGUGUCCCUACGUAAGCUGAAGCGGCCCCCACCACCUCCCCGCCGGACCCACUCGCUCCAUCAGCGUGGCUCAGCAGCACCUGAUGGGCCCUUGGGAUUGCCCCCCAAGCCCGAGCGGAAGCAGCAGCCACAGCUGCCCCGGCCGCCCACCACAGGCGGGUCAGAAGGGAUGGGGGCAGCACCCUGUCCAUCCAACUCAGCAGGUGGCUGGGUGCCUGGCUUGUCUCCAGCUGGUUCCCGGCGCCCCCCACGCUCCCCAGAACGGACACUCUCACCCUCCAGUGGAUACUCGAGCCAAAGUGGUACCCCUACCCUCCCUCCCAAGGGUCUAGCAGGGGCUUCUGCUUCCCCAGGCAAGAUCCAACCCCCUAAACCAGAGCGUGUCACUUCCCUCCGAUCUCCUGGGGCUUCUGUGUCCUCCUCUCUCACGUCUCUCUGUUCCUCCUCCUCUGAUCCAGCCCCCUCAGAUCGUUCUGGUCCACACACAUCAACCGCCCUGGGUGACAGGUUCGUCAUACCUCCUCACCCCAAGGUGCCUGCACCCUUCUCCCCACCUCCCUCAAAGCCCAAGAGCCCUAACCAAGCUGACCCUGCUCCAGCUGCCCUGGCUGUGAUCCCUGGGCCCAUCUCUACCACUGCUGCCAGUCCUGAGUCCCCACCUACUCCCCAGGUAUCCCUGACCCCACCUAAGGCAUCUCCUGUUGCCUCCAAAGCCCCGUCACCCCCACCAUCCCCACCCCCAUCUUAUCAUCCACCCCCACCACCCACUAAGAAGCCAGAGGUGGUUGAGGAGGCUCUGUCUGCCCCAGAGACUACUGAGGAGUCCCUUCAAGAUCCCAACUGGCCCCCACCCCCACCUCCUGCACCAGAGGAGCAGGACCUCUCCAUGGCUGACUUCCCUCCACCCGAGGAGGCCUUUUUCUCUGUGGCUGGCCCUGAGCCUGAAGGCCCUUCACAACCCUUGGAGCCCCCUUCAGCUACUGUCUCCUUCCAGAGCCAGCCCUGUGAUACCCCAGACCCUCCUCCAGCUCCACCAGCCCCACCUCCUGCUGGUUCUGUCACAGGGCUUCUGGCCAAGGCCCCUCGAAAGGAACCAGUGGGCUGCAGCAAGGGUGGGGGGCUCCCCAGGGAGGAUGCUGGUGCACCCCUGGUCACGCCCUCACUCCUGCAGAUGGUUCGGCUGCGCUCUGUGGGCGCCCCCACAGUGGCUCCAAAUCCAGCAACAGGGCCAUCACCCCCCCAGAAGCCACUACGAAGGGCCCUGUCAGGGCGGGCCAGCCCAGCACCUGCCCCCUCCUCAGGGCUCCAUGCUGCUGUGCGACUCAAGGCCUCCAGUCUGGCGGCCAGCGUGGGCCCUGUGAGUGCCCAGCCCAAUGGACCACCUGAGGCAGAGCCACGGUCCCCUGCCUCUACGGCCAGCUUCAUCUUCUCCAAGGGCACUAAGAAGCUGCAGCUGGAGCGGCCUGUGUCCCCUGAGGCCCAGGCUGACCUCCAGCGGAACCUGGUAGCUGAACUACGGAGCAUCUCAGAGCAACGGCCACCCCAGGCCCCAAAGAAGCCACCUAAGGCUCCCCCGCCCGUGGCCCGCAAGCCCUCUGGGGGAGUCCCCCCACCCGCCUCCCCCUGCUUUCCUCGGGCUGAGCCCCUUACUGCUCCUCCUACCAACGGGCUCCCUCAUGCAGAGGACAGGACUAAGGAGGAGCUGACAAAGAAUGGAGGUGUCCUGCAGCUGGUGGGCCCAGAGGAGCAGAAGCUGGGCCAGCCCGGCUCAGACCCACAGAAAGAGUUGGUCUGACCACUGGGCACCUUGCUGGCACUGCUGACCCAUCCCAGGAAUACAAUCUCAGGGACCUGAGUGGCUCCAAGGAUGAGAGGAUAACGGUGGACACUUAACCUAAUAGAGAGGACGCCUGCAGCCUUAACCUCCACGGCCUUCGAUAUUUAUGCAAGCCUGGUAUUGAUCCUGCCCUCCAAGUCAUCCAGCUCUCAUGCCUUUUCCUGAGUGGAUUCAUCUCUGGCAGCUGCAGUCUCAGUCUUGGCCUUAGCCUCAUCUUGAAGGAGGUAGCUGGUGGGAGUGGGUGGCUGCGCCCCCUGCUGGCCUCAGGGCCACAGAGUUGGGAACAGAACACCUCACUUGAGUUAAAAUUUUUUCUUUUUUUAUGUCCAAAUCAUGCACAUACUGUAGUCCAGAAUCAAAGCACUUUUGAAAAGUGGCUGCAUGUCCAUCCUCCAGGGCCCAUGAAACCACAUUCCGAGGGCCUGUUUACAUGGCAGCAGCAUCAGUCCCCAGCAGCCAGCCCAUGGCUGGGACCGAUCUGUCCCUCUCCUCUGAUCCACUUUGCUCCUUUUUUUCAGUUCUUGGAGGUGGGCAAAUCAUUGUAUUCCCACAGGCUUCUCCAGGCUGGAGGCAGAAGUGGGGCUGUGGAAUUCCAAAGCACAAAAGGUGUAGUGGGGGUGUUAGCCUUCCUGUGCCUCAAUGUACCACCACCCACCCUCCUGCCUUCCAGUUCUGCCAGGUGCUCCACGCCGGAACAGGAAGUGGGAGUCUGCCAGGUCCCAGAUGCAUUGGGGAGAAAGAACCAGAGGGGAGGUCCACAGGUUCGCUCUGUCCUCUGAGCAGAACAGAGUAGGGAGUCAUCUCAAUGGGCACUUGGCCCUAUUUCACUUCAUCAGGUUGGGGUGGGUGGGCACGACUCUUCAGAGGCAGAAGCCCAUGGUCCAUGGCAAAGCUGGGUAGGUCCCUUUCAGCUCAGCAGAAGUCCUGAGGACCUGGAUGCAGGGGUGGGUCUGGCAAGAAAGAGCUUAUUUGGGCAGUGGGCCCAGACCUGGCCCUAUGGGUUUCAUUCUCUGGCCUUUCUUUCCUCUGGUCCGUGCAUGUCCUUUCAGCACAGGUGGCUCCACUGGGGGAGCUGAUGCUGAGUGAUGUGGAUGGCAAGCCAAAGGUACAUUCUGUUCCAGACUCUUCCCCUAGUCAGUGAGGGGGCACUCUGCUCCCACAGGCAGACUGGUGGUUGCCCCCUAGACAUCAGCCUCUGCUACUCAUCCCUUCUCCAGGAAUUUCAAUGACCUUUCCAUUUUCAGCCUGUGCCACUUAUCUAGGUAAGCCGGCUUACCCACUGGCCCCAGUGGCUCCACGGGGGUGGCCCUAGUGCCUCCUUCCACUGCAGCGUGGCUGCCACCAGGACCACCCCUUCUGUCUUGAUCCUCUUUUCUCAAUAGUGACUGGGGCUUGAGCCUGGCGUGGAACCUCGCUUUUAGCUGCUUCUCCUCCACCCAGGAGAGGUUGACCCCUUCCCAGUACAAGAGCUGGGGACAGGGGGAAUGUGGUCUGAGAACCCAGGUAGCUCUGGCUCUCACUAGUCUCUCCUUCCUGUCAUUAUAAACCAGUGUUCUUCUCUGCCCUUUGGGUGAUGGAGAGCUGCUGCUGGGUAUGCGCUGCACCUGCCCAGUGAGUAGGGGAAAGAGGACAGUUAGUAAGCAGUGCUCAGCUCAGAGCUCCUGACUCAACCCCCUGGGAACCGGGAACCAGGACCAGGCCAAAGCUUCUGUAACACCAGGCCCUGGCAGUAGCCUAGAGCUGCUGGAGGUGGGAAGGAGCCCACCUUGUGUCUUUCCCUCCCCUCCUCGUGUUAUUUGAGCUCCUUAUCUUCAAUUAGAAUCUUCUGAGCUUGUUUCCCCACUGGGUGGGACAGAGUACAAUGGAGAAAGGAAUCUCCAAGAGGCAACCCUUCUUUGUCCUCUGGGAUAAAUGAGCUUGACCUAGUGCACAUGGAGAGACCAAAAGCCUCUGAUUUUUAAUUUCCAUAAAAAUGUUAGAGAGAGAAGUAUAUAUAUAUAUAUAUUUCUUUAAAUUUUUGAGUCUUUGAUAUGUCUAUACAAACAAUCCAUUUCCUCUGCCCCAAAGCUGGAGUGAGACACAUGGAAAAGCUCUGUGUGGGUUUCAUUCAAAGGUGUUAAUUAAUUAAAUGAUUAAAACUUG